AUGAGCGCAGGUCUCGCGCUCGCUCAGGCGCCUGCCCUGCGGUUCCGGCAGCUGCACCAGGACCUGCUGGCCUUUGCCGGACAGAGUAUGACGGAAGAAGAAGCGCCGCAGUUCAUGGCCGAGUUGGUGGCUGCGGCGCCGGAGCUGCUGCAGCCGCUCACGCAAGCGCCGCCCAGUGCCGCUCAGCGCGCAGCGCUUCAAGCAAACACGGUGACGGUGAGUGGCAAGCACGUGGACGUGCCGCCGCUCAUCCAGCAGGAGAUCUGCAAGCUCAGCGACGAGUUCCACGCGCGCGAAGAGACGUGCGUGGCGUUCUGGCUGCUGGCUAGCGAGCAACCGCAGCGCGAGUGGGUGGAGCGCGCUGAUCAGCUGCUGCCUGGUGCAAUUGCUGACUCAGUACCAACUGCAGCGCGGCACUUUCUGGUGUCGGAGAUGGAGUACAAGCUGCAUGUGCUGAAGGAGCUCUUGCGGCUGCGACUUGAGCCGCGAUUGGACAAAACCCGCGCGCAGUUCCUGCUCUCGCUCUCGGACAAACUCUUGACGGAAGAAUUGGUGACGAAGCUGAUACAGGCGUUUGACCGGGACUUGGUCACACUUGCGCAGGUGUCCAGGAUGGAGCAGUGCGUGAGCUACUGGCACACGCUCGUGGCGGAUUGCCUCGUGCUGAUCGUCUCGAGUACAGUCAUGCAAGCACAAGAAGUGCAGCAGCUGGCCGAAGUGUUACAGACGUUGUGUGGAUGGCUGCAGACGGUCGUGGCCAAGGUGUCACCGCAUAUUGUGAACCUCUCGUCGUUCUCGCAGUUGUUUGAAGGAGGAUCGUUGGCUGGCAUGUCGCCGGAAGGAGCUGUGCGGCAAGUGUCGUGUAUGUUGCAGACAAUCACUGCGCUUGAGGUGGCGCUCUUUGUCGUGUUGCUUCAAAAGACACGAAAACGAAACCGUGAGACAGGGUGUUUGGAUAGUGGACGGGCGUUGUGCCGACGAGAGCACGCGCCUGUGGUGACGGCGCUGCACCGCCUUCUUUUUGAGGAAGACUGGGAACAGAGGAGUUUUCAAAGCGUUGUGAUGCUUGCGUGGGCUGGAUUUCUUGCAAACAAUGACGACAGUAACAGCAGUAACAGCAACGUCACGUUUGCUGAAGCAGAAGCCGUGCCUCAUGCGGUCAAGAAAGCGGUUCAAGGACGUGUUUUUCAUUCAUUAGUUGAAGUGCAUUUGAAAUACUUGCCCGACCGGAAACAGGACUUGCGGCUGUACGACAUUUACGAACAGAGUCUGGAGCUGUUGUUCCGCACGUAUUCGUCCAAGAUGAUGAUUGACGUACCCACAGUUGCUGACAAGGCAGCUCUUGCUGCUAUGCAUGCCGAAAGUGACGGUGACGUAGUAACCUGGGAUGGCGACUGUCUCGAAGACAUUGUUGGUUGUGCAGUAGCGCUGUGCGCUCACAACGCUGCCUUUUGCUGCUCGUUCUGGCGAGGACCAAAUGAUGAAUUUGAUUUUCAAAGCAGCAACGAAAGCAGCACAGGAGACGAUCUGCGACCUUCGGAUUCACAUUCACACAUUGUCGAUGGUGGAAGCUGUCUUGCUUUCUUGAUCGCUUGCCGUGACGCUGCACUCAAAAAUCCCGGCUGCCUUCCUGCGUACAUGCGAUUAGUCGCGUCCGCUGCUAGCGGACCCGAGUGUGCCCAACAGGCAUUCCACCACAUCAAACGAAACCCGCCGCAACUUGGUUGGGAUCAGUUUUUUUCUGUCAUGGCAAAGUAUCAGCGGUUGCUUACUGAUGCAGAGAAACCGGCUGGAUAUGCACCACUUAUGCCCGUUGGGAUCGAUGGCAGCACUUUCAACAGCGUGAGCCAUGCUGGUACUGGUCCUCGUUUUAUUCGACCGAAGGAGUUAGAGGCAUUAGAAACAAUCCAGCGACUGAUUCAGGAAGUGAUUUCGGAUCCUCAGUUGGCACUCAUCUUCUUUCACAACCACGACUGGUCCCCGAUUCCAACGUUUGUAGCUUUCCUUCAGUGUCGUAUCCCGAGCUCGCUCAAAGGCUCGAUAAUGAGGACACUCGCUGUGUUUGCGCGGGUGCCAGACAUUGCACCAUUCGUAUGGCGUCAAGUUGAUGCGUUGCAAAUUCUGCGUACUACGGGGGAUACGUCGGUGUAUGGCAACCAGGAUAUCAGUUACGAACUUGAGCACUAUGAGUCUUUGAGUAAGACAUACCCAGCAACAAGAGGAUUUGUCACGCUAUUGUAUGAAUUGUUUGGAAACCCUCACGCGUGGAAGUCGUUCGAAGGUGACGGUCGUGUUGCAGCGAUUCAAUUUUACUUUGAGUUUUUGCUUGAACAUGUGUUCUUGAAGUUUGAUUUGCGUAAGUAUGAGCGAGAAGAAGAAAAGUGGGCGCUGGUAAACGGAACACUCGCUGUAUUCAAGAAAAUCCUACGGCACACGGGCAUUUCAUCUACUGACGGUAGCUUAUCGUACCAGAUGCUAGCUCGAUUCUUGUCGAGCAGUCCGUUGUUGAACAAGAUGCUCUCUAUUAUAUCUGGAGAUGGAGGCGUGGACAAUUUGGAGAACACGUCGACCGAUUUGCAUCUCGAGCAUGCAUUUUUCUACUGUCUUGACAUUGUCAAGCGCGAGACAGAGGCGAAGCACGGCUCCUUGAACUUUGUCAUUGACGUGUCCAAGCGAUCUAGUGACACGUACCUGACCAAAACUACAGCGGUCGCCGCCCUUCGGGAACGGUGUGUACAGCAUGCUCUUGAGAUUGUGAUUUUGGUGUUGGAAAAGGACGCCCAAUUCGUGAACUCUGAUCUCAACCGUCAGCUUUCGCACCGGCUUCAAGUGGAAAUGAUGCACGUCAUCUUGUGCCGCCACCGCGCUGACUUUGUAAACAUUGUCAAGUACAUUAAGUAUACCAAGUCAGCGCACAUUCCGUAUCUGUCAGCGGUGAUUUUGCGUCUUAUCAGCGCACGCAUGAGUGGAUCAGAUCUCGUCGAUGUGCUUAUUGAUAGCGGAGCAAGCGCAGACAUCAUGGUUGGGUACAUGAACCGUUUGUUGAGCGUGUACGAUGACGACGAAGUUGAGCAAGUCGAGAUGGAUAUGGAAAUUAGCGGUGAUCCUCAGGAGAAAACUGGAUCGGAAUCUGGCAACAUAUCGUCAUCAAGUAGGCAGAGACAGCAAGACAGACGAACGAUAUCUUCUCCGUUCCAGUUGCUAGCUCAAGAGACACCUCCGCCCCUUAUUCGUGCUACUAUCUUGGAUCUGCUUCUCGAAAAUUUAAGCAAGCCGGCGCCUAACUUGGCACAUCUUCUGCUGGGCAAUGUCAAGCAGUAUGGAGACUCGAAAGUCGCAACGACGCCAACUUCUUACAUGAAGACUGGUCUUGCCGCCGUAAUUACGCUUGUAUCCAGCGCAGACUUUGGCUUGGAGAAGCCGGAGCUGGCGGGGCGUUGUUAUCACGUUCUGUACAAGCUAAUUACGCAUGAGUUUUCGUCGUCAAGCACUAUUGCUGCAUUGGAAAGUGUUCCGACUGAUUACUUCGUUUCUCAGAUUCACUUGUUCAGUCGUGUGUACCAUGUAGCGAAGAGGAAGACGGCUGCUGCUGCUGCUGUUGCUGAACUAAACAUGCGCGGGUGGUUCUUUAAGACGCUAGCAGUGUACCUACACGUGGGGUUACACCAAGAGCCUUCUCGUAUGAAGAAGGUUAGCAAGCUGAUAGGACAAUUGCUGUCCGUGAUUGUAAGCAGCCACGACGACCAUCGUUCGAUGGAACAAAUGCUGUUGGUUCAGCAGCUUGAUGAGUGUUCGUUCCACAUCAUGCCGCCAUCGGUGCCAACGAACCAGCAGGUUGUGGCUUUGGCUGAACGGGCGACAGUGGCUGUUGAAAAAGGGUGCUUUUACAAGUGGCUCAAAAUCGAUGUCGCGCAAUUUUGUCAAGCAAUUCAGUCGCUCGAUCUGACUGCAACUGAUGACGGGAUAAGUGAUUUCUACUCAUCAUCGAGCAAACGAUUCCGCGUGAAUGGGGAUGGUACAAGCAGUACUAGCAGCCAAAACAGUGUGGAUGCAGCUGCGGAGAGGUUUAUUCAGUGGGCUGUACAAUGGAACAUUUAUUCUGAACGAAUUGCUGCGGAAAGCCAUGCUCUGAAUUCUUUGCGGGAGCUCAUGGAAGUGAUCGUGCUGGACUACCUGACAUUGUCUCGAGAGCAAGAGGAGAGCGAGACUCCAGCUUUGUGGCAGGGUCCGGACAAUGCUGCGACAGCGGAAGUACGGCUGGAAUUAUUGAACAGUAUUGCAGCAGCCGUGCUGAGCAAGUUGACCAGGAAAGCAGGUGCUUCUGCUCAGUUAUUUGAGAUCGUAUCCAGGAUCACUUUGAUACUAUUUUCGCAGCUCAGCUACAUCAGGGAAGGAAGCUGGCCAUCGGCUCGAGUAGAGAGCCGUUACCGUCAAAGCAUGAGCUAUCUGGAACUGCUGUUUCGUUCUGUAUGCAGCAGCGCUGGAGCAACAGGAAAUCCGUCAGCUGCGCGCAACUCUCGUACACUGUUGUACUCUUGCAUUGUACACGUGCUGCAUAUGUUACCAAGCCGUGCUUUGCAGGAGCCGGUCUCGUCGAGAUUUGAAACUGCUGGAAGUCAGAAACGGCGUGUUCGGCAUUUCUUUACCAACCAGAUCGUUGACCUUAUCUGCAGGGACGCAAGUGAUGGUGACGAUACGCUUAGCAUGGCACUCGCAGUGUCAGUGCUUGAGUCUUUGAUCGCUUUCGAUGACGACUCAUCGCUUGUCCCAAUAUUUCGUGAGCGUGGCUACCUGUUGCACUUCAUUGACAUAUUCAAGAAGCUGAGUGAAAUGGACGCAGUAGCUCUUGAUUCUAGCAGUGGCAAUUCAUCCAUGCUAAAAAGUAGUGUGCUUCCGCAGGGGAUGGAUGCGUCAACCGUUGGCACGAUGUAUGAGUGUUUUCUGUCGCUUUUCGCACGGGUUGCUGAAACACAGGAAGGAGCUGUAACUCUGCUAGAAGGUGGCUUGAUCCGUGUGCUACCUGAUGGUCGAAAUUUGCCAACACAUCGACCACAGCAUUUUGCGCAGAAGCAGCAAGACGCCGUUGCGUCCAUGGCUUUUUUCCAGCGCGUGGAGGAUUUGUAUUAUCGCAAAUGGCUUCCCGUCGCGCGUCUGUUGAGCGCAAGUUGUGCCUCGUUGCCCAAGAAUCGCGCACUUGCUGGCCAAGUGCUGUAUUUUGUGAAUAAGAACCGAAAGUUGUGUACAUCAGCACUGAAGCUGUGUUCCAGCGGUUUGCAGUCGCAGCCGAUUUCUGUGAACCUUCUUCGUGAGAUAUCGUACGUCACGUUUGUCUUCCGCUACGUGACCCAAUUCCCUGACCUGUGCCAGCAAACACUGGCGGCUGCCAAGUGGGAGAAGAUAUCACAGCAGAUUCUUCAGGUUUUUCUGCACUUUAGUGCGGAGCUUGUGCCUCCCAAUAACGAAGGUGAUAGCAUGGUUGACAGUAACGGCGCCUCAUGGUGGACUAACAAGGCUGUGGGUUCCGCUGAGGAACCGCGCAACGCUGCAAUUCAGCGGUUUUCUUCUGUGGAUUGGAGAGAUAGGCUCUUGGAGCAGUGCGAUGCUCGAGCCAUACAGUCCAGUGAAAGCGCCAGUCUUCUGCACUUGUCCUUGCUUGAUGAAGAGAAAUUGUACGCAUCUCGGAUGAUCUUGUGCAAUGCUGCUGCUUUCUGUGCAAGCCGCAUGAUGCAUGCUGUGAGUGAGGAAAGGGCUGGUCGUGCAGCUCCGCUUUUGUCGAUCGCGGAUAAGGCGCAGUUGCAGCGAAGGAAUCAGUUUCCGUCUAUGUCCUCGGUGGGCCCGCGCGCGUUUGCGGCAGCUACGGAUCCAUUGUGGACUCUUGCACCGUCAGUCAAUGAGUUUACAGCGCGGUUCGACUCAGUCGUGUUUGCUCUGGAAGCGAGUAAGCAGCUCGUUGGUGCGCUUACUGCUUUCAAGAAUGAAGCUGCGUCGGCAUCCGUUUCUUCUUCACCGUCGCUGCAGGAUCCCCUUCGCCAGCGUGAGCAUCAACGUGGUAUUUCGGCACUGGAGAACGUACUGGAAUAUCACGCCGAUAGCUUGACGUUUAUUGUGGAGAAUAUGCUGGUGGUGCUGUGUCUACAUUUCGCUCACUACUUGGAGCAGCCCGACGUGACAGAUAGUAAGAACGUUGUCCAGCAGACACUUGUCAAAGUGCUAGCGAUUGUUGGCGGUAUCGAGGACAAUUCGUUUGUCCACGCUCUUGCCAGAAGACUACGAGAGCUAGGAGGUUGUUAA